AUGAAUUACGAGGACGGCGAUGAUGAUAAUAAUGUUCAACAACAACAAUUAACAGCAGCAACGGUAAAUACUUUAUCAACAACAAAGAAAAUUGAUUUUAAAGGAAUGAGUAUAAAAGAUAAACUUGAUCCAGAACAAGAAAAAUGUUAUUUUCGUGUAAACAUUGGUGAUCAAGAUAAAUAUAUGCACAAACAAACCGUCUGUUGGCUUUUUUAUGAACAGAAAAAAUCGGCUUUCAUCUGA